AUGGGGAUCCCCGCACCUCAAGAAAUUGAUAAUAUUUUGGAUGAGAUUCGAUCACCAACUGAAGAUACUUCCAUACUUUCACGCAAGUUAUCGAGAAGAUAUUCGCAUCAUAUAUCAAAAUCCAUUGCGUCUAUAUCAGAUAUGCAAUUAGCCGCGAUGAAUUAUAAACCUUCAAAUGCUUCGCCUCCUUUAAUUGAAGAGCCAGAAAAUAAAUUUUCUCAAUCUUUAAAUUUUUUACGAUCAACAGAAGUACAAUUCCCACGCAGUAACGCUACAAAAUCAGAAUGUUCAUCUAUUAUAAGUACUCAACAUCAUGAACCAAUGAAAAGAAAUAUUGUGAAAAAUGAAAAAACAUCGAGAAACCGUUUGUCUCUUCCAAUUUGUUCUACAUUUUCUUCAAAUACUACACCUCCAGCUCAAGAUUUAAUAUCAAAAAUUUCCAUUGGUGUAGAUGAAAAUGAUGCGCCAUUCUUUAGAGAUGAUGAUGACUAUGAUAUAUUUAAUAUUAAGCAAAAUGCAAAAAGAUUAUCGGUAACAGAAAGUGAAGUUAAAGGACCGGAUGAUCAAGUAAAUGAGAUGUCUUCUAUAGAUAAUCAUACAAAUUUAAACAUUGAUACAGAAAUUGAUCUUAAAAUUGUUUCCGGUGUUCAAAGUAACGAUACAUCUGACAAUGAAGAAAAUGAAAACUCGAGUAAUAAAGAACUUAAUAGAAAAUCUAGUUUUGAAACACAGUACUUAGUUCGUUCAUUUCCAAUUAAUCUUCCU